AGCAUGUCUUUUUCCAGAUAUACUUUUGUUAGAGGACACAACACAGAGUACUGCUUUGCCAAAUAUGUGCCAUUUUCUUUCCUUGCUUGGAAACUGCACAAAGGUCAAUGGUUGGACAUGUGGUGUUCAUUACCCCACACAUCCCCCAUACAUUUUGUCCAUACAUUCCUGUAUGGGUCCAAGGAACAUAGGGAGGGUGGAACAUACAUUGCUCUUAUAUGAUUGGAAGACAGCCAAUGUGCUAUAGGUUUGUCUAGUAUAUAUAUAUGCUGUUAAAGACAAAGACAUUUGGAGAAGCACAGAGACAUCUGGAAAGACCACGAAGAGAGAGAUCGGAAGAAGGCAGAACAUCUAAUAAAGACAUGUACUAUAUUUUGUGAAUAAACAACAAGGAACGCUUCUCCCCCUGACUUGGGUCCUUAUUGUUCUACAAAAGAGCCAUAAGCCAACAGUUGGUGCCGUGACCCGGAUAGGUUGGGUUCUGAGAUCAAAUUCAUCAAACAUCCAUCGUUGAUCAAGAGGAGAAGAUUGCUGACGGUGCACACCCAUUUGGGAGUUGGUUUCCUCAUCCUCUGACAGUGGUUGGUUAUGCAGAUUAUCUACCUGACCCUACGACAACACGAACUGUAUCCUGGUCUUUCCUGACUCUACACAGAUAAAGUGACAUAUGCGAUCAGCAGCAAGACCAUCCUAAUUGACCAACGGACAGGAAGAAGGAUUCUUCACAAUUGUUAUGUGCCAAAUAGAACCAUUGUGAUUGAUAUUUGUGUUGGAUUACAUACUAGUUAGGAAUUAAUUAGCCACUAGGGAAGUAGAUUCUUACACUACUGAGGUAUAUAGAUCACGAUGUUCAUGUUAAUUGUUUCUUUGUGUUUCCUGGUGGUACAGUGUGGUGGUGCUCUAGUCCCAAACAUUGAUGCACAUAGACACGAGGAUGGCCAUCAUGGUAUUAAUACAUUUUUGGCCCUUUCCCUACGAUUUGCCAGGACGAUUAACCAGAGUAGUUGUUGGAUUUGUACCCAUACACCGUUCACUGCUAAAGGAGGUAUUCCCUUAGGAGUCAUUCCAUUCAAUCAGUCUGAGAUGUUAGGGAUCUGGAGAGACCUCAGUUGGUUUACAUUUUCUGUAUGCAAUAAUUGGGGUGUUAAUGACAGCUACUUGCACUCUCGUGGACCAAAUUCUUCUGACCCCUGCUGGAGGGAACCUAAACAAUCUGGAUGCAUUUCCGUCCAGGAUCAUGUAACAUCUUUAGGUGUGCCUGUGAAAUCAUGGCGUCAUAGUUACAUGCCAGCCUUUGAUAGAAACAGCCCUGAUUUCUGGCAUCGUCCGCCACAUAUAGUAGUUACUAAUCCACCUAGGGGAUGGUUGUGUAUACAGCGAGAACAAUCCAAAAGCCUAAUGGACCAAUAUUCGAAUGCUUUUGUGUUUGUAGGUCGAAGUUAUUGCAACCAAACAGCGGAUCUCUCUAUAUGUGAUGGUACUACUAUCCCUGAGUGUUUGAUGUAUGCCAAUAUAACCCUCAAGAAUGGCACUGAAUCUGUAUUUUAUGCUAACACCUUAGGCAACUUAAUAACUACGGGUAUGAUUGCUCCUAAUGGAACUCAUUUCAUUUGUGGCCCCAAUGCCUAUCCAUGGCUCCCACCUUUAUGGCGAGGAUCAUGUUAUUUGGGUUAUGUAAUUCCACAUGUGAGACUGAGUACAGAUUCUCCCUUUAAAACACGACAUUCACGAGCUAUUACAGAAACUGAAAGGUUUUUUGCUAUUGCAUUCCCUCCCUAUGGCACAGCCAUGUUGGCGAGAGAAGUUAUUAGUAUGGCUAGCUCUUUGGAGGCUUUAGCUAACAUGACCUCUGAAAGUCUGAAAUUGCAGUCAGCUGAAAUGGUUGCCCUUCGUACUGUUGCAAUGCAAAAUAGACUUGCUCUUGAUUACAUAUUGUCAGCUCAGGGGGGAACCUGUGCAGUUAUCGGGACUGAGUGUUGUACCUACAUACCUGAUAACUCUGAAGAACUGACUGAUUUGGCUGGUAAGAUCCGUGAGGAAGGUGCUAAAUACAAUAAUUACAAUCCUGAUGAUUUAGGUUUUUCUACAUGGUUGUCAUCUACUUUUGGUAAAUUGGGGGGUUCUCUGCUGACCAUGAUUAUGCCAGUGGUGGUUGUAGUGUUGGUCUUUUUUAUCUUGAUAACACUUGCCAAGUGUGCUGUCGACAGGUGUCUGUCACUCAAAGUAAGGCGCAUGCUCCCACGGGACCUACACGAGUACAGGCCGUGUCCGUAUCAGCUCCAGUGUGCCCAAGGUGACUGUGAUACCUGUGCUGACCAACGACGUUCUCCCUCACAGGAUUGUGUUGUAAAGGACAAGAGUACCAUCACACCCACCGUCUAUCUCUGAUUUUAAUAUGCAUAUAUAGGUAACCACAAGUGUACCUCUUACGUCAUUAGGAUGUGAGAUGAAUUAGCUCGCUUUACUAUUUGUAUUAUUAGUAACUGUUUUCUUAUUUUUACAUGGGUAGUGUUCUUAUUCUUUACAGACUUGUUGUUAUGACAUGUAAAUGUAGUGCUUUAAUGUCAUAGGGGGGAAUUGUGAGAAAGCAUGUCUUUUUCCAGAUAUACUUUUGUUAGAGGACACAACACAGAGUACUGCUUUGCCAAAUAUGUGCCAUUUUCUUUCCUUGCUUGGAAACUGCACAAAGGUCAAUGGUUGGACAUGUGGUGUUCAUUACCCCACACAUCCCCCAUACAUUUUGUCCAUACAUUCCUGUAUGGGUCCAAGGAACAUAGGGAGGGUGGAACAUACAUUGCUCUUAUAUGAUUGGAAGACAGCCAAUGUGCUAUAGGUUUGUCUAGUAUAUAUAUAUGCUGUUAAAGACAAAGACAUUUGGAGAAGCACAGAGACAUCUGGAAAGACCACGAAGAGAGAGAUCGGAAGAAGGCAGAACAUCUAAUAAAGACAUGUACUAUAUUUUGUGAAUAAACAACAAGGAACGCUUC